GAACAAAGUUAGAGACAAGUGGACUGAAGAGAAGUCAAGACUACAAUAGAUAUGAGUAAAGCGGAAGGAAGAAAUAUUCCAACAGCAAAGAUACCAUCGCCUCGUAUUGCAGAACAACCUUACAGAAAGAGCACAUGGAAGUUUACGAGUCAGGAAUUGGUUUCCUCACUCUACGGAUAUUUUACAAUCCAAGAUGAUUCCCUAACUCUAGACAAGGAAGUAGGUUCUCCAGAUGAAAUGCCUUCUCCCAAAUCAAGCGCAGACCUAAUCUUCUCAAAAUUCACUUACGGAGGAAUAUCCGAGACACAGACACCGCUGACCAAACCACCCAGCGCACUGCCAGACGGAUUUCGCUUGGUUACUGUUACCAUGGGAAGGGGAAUCCAUUAUGCUAUUUUUUGCAAUCAGAAAGUGAUUAUGAAGGGAACGCGUUUUGGUCCUUACACAGGUUACCUGGUGAAGCCUGGUGAUUUGAGUGCUGGGGAGGACAACCCGCAUAUGUGGGAGGUGUUCAAGAACAAUCGAUUAAGUUACUACAUCGAUGGCACUACAGAUGACGACAACUGGCUCAAGUUUGUUAACUGCGCGCGUCAGAGUAUAGAACAAAACCUUGCUGUUGUCCAAGAAAAUGAUAAGAUAUAUUAUGAAGCGAGUAGAGAUAUCUUUUGUGGAGAAGAGCUGUUGGUUUGGUAUGGAAAGACCUAUGAGAUGUACAUGGGCAUUCCCGUAGGGGUUGCACCGACGGCAACUAAAAUUACCGAAAACAAAAAGGAAAUCCAGAAAGGUACAACUGGUAACUAUUACUGCGAUCGUUGCAAUAAAGUCUUUGCAUACAAGUACUACCGUGACAGACACCUCAAGUACACAAGAUGUGUUGAUCAAGGUGACCGUCGAUUCCCGUGCUCGUUGUGUGACAGAUCGUUCGACAAGCGUGACAGACUACGAAUUCACGUUCUUCACGUCCACGAAAAGCACAGACCUCACCAGUGCACGGUGUGUGACAAACGCUUCUCGCAGUCUUCCAGUCUCAAUAAACACAUGCGCGUACACAGUGGAGAGCGACCGUACAGAUGUCCUCACUGUGAGAAGGCAUUCACGGCGUCUUCUAUCCUGCGCACGCAUAUCAGACAACACAGUGGCGAGAAACCAUUCAAGUGCAAGCACUGUGGACGCGCAUUUGCUUCACACGCCGCGCAUGACAGCCACGUGCGUCGUACACAUACCAAAGAAAAGCCAUGUGUGUGUGAAUAUUGUGGAAAAGCCUUUGCGCAGUCAUACGAGCUGAAGUUUCACAUCAACAUGCAUACUGGAGCUAAACCAUACACGUGCGAGAAAUGUGGUCGGGGAUUCUCRAGCCCUUCGUCUCGUGAUCGUCACCGAGCGAACUUCGAUUGCACCACGAGGAAAAAUCGAGCUCCGAAGGUGAUGAGGAAAAGCAACCAGCUGAUUGGACAAACGACAAACACGAUCAUCAAACAGCAGAUUUCUGAAGAAUUGUAAAUUGAAUACAGACGCGUUUGCAGUCGUUACAUUGAUUUUCCUACUCGCAAUUGAUUUUGGGAAGGAGGAUUACGCAACGCUUAUUAUUUUUCUUCCCUUGAUCCCUUUUGCGCUCAGUUGAUUCUUCCCUUAAAUUAUAGAGAAGCGACUGGGAACCAUUCCGAAAUAAAUACAUCAUAUAAAUUUAUCACGCUUUCAAAAGCUGCAAAUUAUUCUCAUUUUCGUACUGUACGCAUGUCAAGCGAAAAUGUAUAAAACACUUCAAAUAGAAUUAAGAAGUACCAAAUAGAGGCUUCAGAAAUAACUCGAUCGAGGACGAGUUCAGAAAUAAUAUUGUCUAU